UGGCAUUAUUCAUAGGUUAGGAUCAUCUUAUCAAGUGUGAUUCUUGGACCAUGGGUUUCUUCUAAUGGUCCAAUUGAAUGAACAAUCCCAAUUGAUGAUUAGGCAUCCCCAAGAAGGUGGGAACCUUAGGAAAGCCUUUCUUUUCUUAAAUAAGUAGUCUCCAAGUUGACCCAACCCAAAUGAGCACUUAAGUCCAGUUAAAACCAUUUUUGGAUUUUUAAACUAUGGUUGUAAGCAGCGGUUGGUCAAAAGCUGUUGAAGCUCACAAAUGUUGUGUGCAUCACAUCCACUCCAUUUAUCAAGUGCCACUUCUAACACUCAUUGUAUAGUUUAUAGAUAAACCCAAUCCAAAGAAGCACACAAAGACCAAAAUAUAAUCAAUGCGAGAAAAAAAAAACCUCAACGACUAUGCGGUCUGUCCUUCCUAUGUUUUGAUAAUGCUGGUCAUUUUAUUGUCUAAUCAUCCCAGUCAGGCUCAUCAAAUGAACAUGCUGGAUGGAAUAUAGGCACCAUGGUAGGCCUCACAUACAAACCAACAAUUAGUAUCGCUCACCAUCAUUUCUUAUGCAUUGAUCACCUUAUUUGCAGUUAAGGCUACUUUUAGCCUUGGGAACCCUUAACAAAAGUAAUGCCUGAAUGAUCAAGUUGAUGUCAUGCAAAAUAUGUUGGGUCCCACAGGAUUGAUCCGCCCAAUGGGUACAAAGGUGAUGCGGAGGAUUUACGUUGGUGAAUGAAGUAGAUCCAUCACUUUCUAGCCAAGUUAGGAUGGUGCAUCUCUAGAAGAACGCUAUCGAUUGGAGAAUUCUCUAGCUUAUAACUUGUAAAUAUAGAGUUUUUGUAUUGACUAUUUUCAUUAUUUUGAAUAUUAAGGCAUGGCUCUUAUUUAUAGAGCAAUUUUAUAUACGAACUACAUGUUGAAAUAAUUACAGAGGAGUUGCACAAUGAAAUAAUAACAAAUGAGUUACACAAUUAAAAUAACUAUAGAGGAGUCACACGUGAAACAUUAUGCAGUGUUACACAAUGAGAUACUAAUAAGAUGGCAAAACUCAAGGCAUGAAGGUAGGACAAAUAGGCCUUGAUUUACUGAACGCAUAUUACAUGACAUGUGUACAAUUAUUCUCAUCUAACGACUGAUGCAAAAUAUGAUUUUUCAAAUCAUCUAUUAUAGUCCCCUUAAAACUAGGUAGAUAUUGAAAGCCAAGUUUGAUAAGAAUUGAGAGGAAGGUGUCAUGAGAAAGAGGCUUCGUGAAUACAUCAGUAAGCUGAAUGCUAGAAGAAUCAAAAUGGCUGUGAGAUCUCUACUUAAGAGGGCGCUAAUCUUAGCUUCCGACAACAUCUAGUGAAGUAGCUGAAAUGAGACAAUAUGCUGGAGCCAUGUUGCACCAUUUGGACAAAGUCAAAUACCUAACUACUAUGGAGCUCCCUUUGUUCGUUGCGAUGAUUUUACUUUUCAUGGUUUUCACUUUGAACAAAUCAAUGGAAGGACAAAGCUCGCCAAAUAGAGAGGAGGGAAAUGAAAAUGUUCUGGACAAUUCCUUACGCCACGCCACCAAUAAUCAAAUGGAAAAGGAAACUGAUUGUCUACUUCCUCAAGCAUGUUCCAACGAUACACGUCUGGAAGGGACCCCCGGAAAUCAUACGCCAGAGAGAACUAAUUCUGGAAAUGGGACACAGCCAGUGCGUGGGCCCAACCCACAAUCAUUACCAGAGAUUGAUACUAGACAAACACAAUCAGAUAAUGUGGCCCAAAGAGAAACGCCAGCGAGGGCAUCUUCACCACAAACAGAGAAUGUGAAUGUGAAUAUGACAGAAUUAAGCCUUUCCUGGGUUGUGAUUGGAUUCUCUGCUGGUGCGAUCAUUGCCUUCAUGGGUCUUCUUGGAAACAAUAACCAAAUUUCCAACCACAUGGCUUUCUAUGAAGCCGGUAUGUGGUUACUUUAUACCUCAUUGCUCUCGGGUAUAAUUAUGCUCAUGAAUUCCAUCUUCUGCAAGUUUCCCUGUACUUUUUCCUACGGUUUCAUGUCUCUUGCAGUCGUAUCAGGAACUUAUGCUAUAAGCUUUGGAAUAUACCUUCUACUUCCGAAGAGCAAAUUCAGGCUGCUUAUCCUUACUAUUCUUCCGGGGGCACUGUUCUUGGUGGCUGCGAUUUUCUAUUUCAAGGAUCGAAUUAUUACGACUGCACGGUCGUUUUGGUUCAAGCAACAUGAGAAUUAUGGAAGUAUUUCAGCCAAUGAGACUGAGAUGGCAGAGAUCCGACAGAACAUUGAUGCUUAGAUCCCCACACCCACCUGAAUUUUAAACCAUUGAAUUCAAUAUACAUUGAUCCCUAUGUCAAACAAGUUUCUGCUCCUUUUUCUAUUUACUUUAAAUUGUGUUAGAUGCAUUGGAUUCUUUAGAUACUUUUCCUCUAUCAAAACAGUUUCUUCUCCUAUUCAUAUUUCUUACCCUAGCUUACUAACAGUUUUGUAUUUAUUUAUUUAUUUAUUUUUUAUACAAUUUCUUUGAAUUUUUU